ACUCCAUCACAAUUACACACAUAUUGCAAUGGGUAUUUUGCUCGCUUAACAGAGAAGGUGAAAACAACGCUCGGGUCCACUACUCUCUUUAUCUCUUUUCUUCCUCGUCGAUCGGCGGCCUUCUAGAGACGGCACCACCCAUUCCUCUCUCACCGCGCCGAUACUCUCAAGGUCUUCCCGGUUCCCCUUCCUCUCUCUCUCUAUAUAAAAUACAGUGAAGGUUUGAACUCACAAGUCACAACUGCGAGCAACAUUUUCGAGCAAUCAACGAACCCUACCGAUUCGACGGCCAAUUCCAGCAAAACAAUCAAUUAAUCUUUCCGCUUCAUUCACAGUGAAAUUGGAAUAGCCUGUGAAGAGGAUGAAAACAAAUAGAGAAGAAGAGAACACGGAGGGAGAGGAAUACCCGAAGAGGCAGAAGGUGCUUCAGCAGACUUCUCCUUCUCCUUCACCACCUCGCCUUGCUUUCGAUAAUGCUCUCCUUCCACUUGCUUCUUAUGAUGAUGACGAUGAUGAGGAGGAUGAUGAGAGGAGAGAAGGGAAUAGGGGUAGAGUUGAAAACAAUGGUGUAACGAUUGGGCGAAAUGGUCAUAGAGUUGAUGGGGAAGACGAUGAAGAUGAUGAGGAAGAUGAUGAUGAUCAUAGUAGCAGAGGACAGAGUCAAGGGAUGCGCAACCGCAUGGUCGAACUUCGUAAGGACUGUCCUUAUCUCGAUACUGUGAAUCGUCAGGUUCUAGAUUUUGAUUUUGAGAAGUUUUGCUCUGUCUCCCUAUCAAAUUUGAAUGUUUAUGCUUGUUUGGUCUGUGGGAAGUAUUACCAAGGAAGAGGGCAGAAAUCUCAUGCAUACACCCACAGCCUUGAAGCAGGGCACCAUGUUUAUAUCAACCUUCGGACUGAGAAAGUUUAUUGCCUCCCUGAUGGAUAUGAAAUUAACGACCCAUCAUUGGAUGACAUACGACACGUUCUGUACCCAAGGUUUAGUAGGGAACAAGUUGAUCAGCUUGAUAGAAACAAGCAGUGGUCUAGGGCGCUUGAUGGUUCUGAUUAUCUUCCUGGAAUGGUGGGACUGAAUAAUAUCAAGGAAACUGAUUUUGUGAAUGUCACAAUUCAAUCUUUGAUGCGCGUUACCCCCUUGAGGAAUUUUUUCCUUAUCCCUGAAAAUUACCAACACAACAAAUCUCCACUUGUUCAACGAUUUGGAGAACUCACGAGAAAGAUUUGGCAUGCACGGAACUUCAAGGGACAGGUGAGCCCACAUGAGUUUCUGCAGGCAGUGAUGAAAGCCAGUAAGAAACGGUUCCGGAUAGGUGCGCAGUCUGACCCAGUUGAAUUUAUGUCAUGGCUUCUUAAUACACUGCAUACAGAUCUUAAAAGUUCGAAGAAAAGCAGCAGUAUCAUCCAUCAAUGCUUUCAGGGAGAAUUGGAGGUUGUGAAAGAGACUCAUGGCAGAGCCAUCUCUGAGAAGAGAGAAAAUGGUGAUGAACAGAAUAAUGGCACUGGUGCAGAAGGUGGAACUGAACAGGGUGGUGUUGUCACUGAGACAAGCAGAAUGCCGUUCUUAAUGCUUGGGCUGGACUUGCCACCACCACCACUUUUUCAAGAUGUGAUGGAGAAAAAUAUAAUUCCACAGGUUCCACUUUUCAAUAUACUGAAGAAGUUUGAUGGUGAGUCUGUCACAGAAGUUGUGCGUCCUCGUAUAGCAAGGAUGAGAUAUCGUGUUACCAGACUGCCGCAGUAUCUAAUUCUCCACAUGCGCCGUUUUACGAAAAACAAUUUCUUUGUGGAGAAAAAUCCCACACUUGUUAAUUUUCCUGUGAAGAAUUUAGAGCUGAAGGAUUAUAUUCCUUUGCCAACUCCUAAAAAGAGUGAGAGGUUGCGGUCAAAGUAUGAUUUGAUUGCCAAUAUUGUUCAUGAUGGCAAACCAGGCGAAGGAUCAUAUAGGGUGUUUGUACAACGGAAGUCUGAAGAACUCUGGUAUGAGAUGCAGGAUCUGCAUGUCUCGGAAACUCUUCCUCAGAUGGUUGCACUCUCUGAGACUUAUAUGCAGAUAUAUGAGCAGCACCAGUGAUGUGGAAACUAGUUGUCCUAUAUUGUGUGUUAUAUAAUAGCUGGAAUUUUGACCUUAUGGACGAGGAAAUACAAAACCAAAAAAGGAGAAGCAAUGAGUCCCCUUGAAGGGUGGGAUCUAGCUACCCACAGUGGUUGAGUUUGGGAAGGGUAGAAGAAAAAACGAAAGUUAUUACUUUAUGAAACAAAAAGAAAAGAAGAGAGGUAAGCAAGUUAAGAAUGUUGCUAAAAAAUUGUUGGUUUUGUAUGACUGGUCAUGCUUCUAAAACACCGAGCUUCCUCGGAAUGGUGUAGUUCUAUUGUUUUUAGUAUUCAUGCUUUUACACAAUGUGAUUUAGUCAUUCAGUUUAGAAUAUAUUUACCAUUUUCUAGUAUCACAUAUAUUCAGAUGAUUAACUACGAAUUUGCUAUUAUUAUAAUAAUAAUAACUAUUUUUUAAUUUUUAAA